GUAAAUGGCGAGAAGUAUAUAUGACGUAUCGAUGAUAUAAAGAAGAAAUUACUUGCAGUGAUGACGAGUUGACCUAUCACGAGGAAUGGAAUGUCUUUUACAACGGUACGCUUCAACGACAGGCGUGCGUAUCAGCGUAUGUGCCUGCGCGUGUGUAACACGAUUGAUGCGCCUGCGAUAGUAUUGAAAUAAAAUAAUCAAUCCGUUUGGUGCUGUUUAAAGUAUAAGAUGGCAGAUGUUGAUCCUGAGACUUUAUUAGAAUGGCUUAGUAUGGGGCAAGGAGAUGAAAGAGACAUGCAGUUAAUUGCAUUAGAACAACUGUGUAUGCUGUUACUCAUGUCUGAUAAUGUAGAUCGUUGCUUCGAAUGCUGUCCUCCACGUACAUUUCUCCCAGCGCUUUGCAGAAUCUUUUUGGAUGAAUUAGUGCCGGACAGUGUGCUCGAAGUGACUGCUCGAGCUAUAACAUAUUAUUUGGAUGUCUCUGCAGAAUGUACGCGCAGAGUGGUUGCUAUGGAAGGUGCAGUAAAGGCUAUCUGUAGUCGUCUCUCUGGUGCUGGACUUGGUUCUAGAGUCAGUCGGGACUUGGCAGAGCAAUGUAUAAAGGUAUUAGAACUUGUAUGUGCCAGAGAGGCAGGUGCCGUGUUCGAAGCUGGUGGUCUACCUUGCGCGUUGUGUUUUAUUCGAGAACACGGAGCGCGCGUACAUCGGGACACAUUGCAUUCGGCGAUGGCAGUUGUUACUCGACUAUGUGGCAAAGUUGAACCUCAGGAUAAAGCUUUACCAGAUUGUGUCGAGGCUCUAUCGGUGUUACUCAGACACGAGGACGCACACGUUGCCGAUGGUGCGCUUCGUUGUUUUGCAUCACUGGCGGAUAGAUUUUCCAGAAGAGGAACAGAUCCUGCACCAUUAGCAUCAAAUGGAUUAGUUUCUGAACUUUUAUAUCGAUUGUCAAAUGCGGCAGGCCCUGGCACAUCCGCUACGGCGACUUGCAGCAAUCCAAAGACACCUCCGUCAUCCAGUACUGUAACCACAGUUCCAACUCCAGAACCAAAGUCUUGUGCUUCUGUUUCAACUAUAAUUAGUCUUUUAUCGACACUUUGUAGAGGAUCACCGUCCAUUACGCACGAUCUUCUACGUUCAGAAUUACCAGAUGCGAUAGAAAAAGCAUUAAAGGGAGAUGAACGAUGCGCUCUUGACUCCAUGAGAUUGAUUGAUCUUUUGUUAGUCUUACUGUUUGAGGGAAGAUCAGCAUUAGGACGUAGCACUACUGGCGGUCCAUCUGGUCCCUUGCUGCCAAGACUGAGACGUUUGGAUAGCGCUGGAGAAAAGUCGCACAGACAGUUAAUCGAUUGCAUACGUUCGAAAGAUACGGAUGCAUUGAUAGAGGCGAUUGAUACAGGAGGAAUUGAAGUUAACUUUAUGGACGAUGUUGGGCAAACUUUGCUCAAUUGGGCCUCGGCAUUUGGUACGCAAGAGAUGGUUGAAUUCUUGUGCGAUAGAGGAGCAGACGUUAAUAAAGGUCAACGAUCGUCCAGUUUACAUUAUGCGGCUUGUUUCGGAAGACCAGCUAUCGCCAAAGUUCUACUUAGACACGGUGCUAAUCCUGAUUUAAGAGACGAGGAUGGUAAAACACCUUUGGAUAAAGCCAGAGAACGCGUCGAUGAAGGACAUAGAGAAGUUGCAGCUAUUUUACAAUCACCUGGAGAAUGGAUGUUACCGCCGAGUCAAGAACAUAAAAAACUUGAGACGGAAGUGGAAGAAUUCACGGAGCCUAAGGGAGAUCCUGAAAUGGCGCCUAUUUAUCUAAAAAGAUUGUUGCCCGUGUUUUGUGCAACUUUUCAGUCGACUAUGUUACCAAGUGUUAGGAAAGCGAGCUUAAGUUUAAUUAGAAAAAUGGUGCAUUACAUCCAGCCAGAAUUGCUUAUAGAAACUUGUGGCUCUGAUAAAACCGGCGGAUGUGGAGCUAUGCUUGUUGAAGUAAUUGCCAAUGUUUUAGAUAAUGAGGAAGAUGAGGAUGGUCAUUUGAUUGUCCUGCAAAUGAUACAGGAUCUGAUGAUUAAAGGCAAAGAUGAAUUCUUAGAACAUUUCGCACGUUUAGGAGUAUUUUCAAAAGUUGCUACUUUAGCCGGGCCACAAGAAACUACGCCCGAGCCAGAAGCGGAAUCAAAUCAAUCGGGAGAAGAGCAAAGAAUGGAAGACGCGAAAGAAUUGUUAAUAGGAAGAGCGUAUCACUGGAGAGAUUGGUGCAUAUGUCGAGGACGUGAUUGUCUUUACAUAUGGUCAGAUGCGGCAGCUUUAGAACUAUCGAAUGGAAGUAAUGGAUGGUUUAGAUUUAUCCUUGAUGGCAAACUAGCAACUAUGUACUCUAGCGGAAGUCCGGAAGGUGGAACAGAUACAUCGGGAAAGGGGAGGAACACUGAGUCGCUUACAACUGAAGAAAAUCGUGGUGAAUUUUUGGAGAAACUGCAAAGAGCGCGUAGUCAAUUAAAAGUGAAUUUUAUAAGUCAACCUGUGCUCUCUCGGCCUGGUACUACACGUCUGGUCGUAGGAAAUUGGGCAUUAUCUAGUAGAAAGGAAAGUGAAUUAUGUAUACAUAAUAGUGAUGGUCAACAACAAGCAACUAUUUUAAGAGAAGACUUACCAGGUUUUAUUUUUGAAUCAAACAGAGGUACUAAACAUUCCUUUACAGCGGAAACAAGCUUAGGUCCAGAAUUUGCAGCAGGUUGGACUGGCAAAAGAGGGAAAAGAUUAAGAUCGAAGAUCGAAGCGAUUAAGCAGAAAGUUAAAGUACAAGCACAAGAGAUAUACGAACGUUACUUUAAAGUAGCUCAAGCUCAACCACGCGGUGUAGUUGCUAAGCUCGGUGCCAUUGUUAAUCAAAUAGAAAAAGCAUCUCAAAAACAACAAUCUGGGAGUCGGGAAUGGCGCAAUAUACUACAAACUGCGUUAGAACAACUCAAAGUAUUGUUGAAUGAAGAGGGUCGAGUUUCCGCAUAUGAGCUGCACUCCAGUGGUCUUGUACAAGCGUUACUUGCUUUGUUGGCAGCACCUUCUGGACCCACGCUCCCAACAUUGAGAGCCACUAAACUUAGGAUGCAAAGGAUAACUGCAUUCAAGAAUUGCUUUCAAACAAAAGACACAAAUAAAGAGCUUAACUCGGCCAAGAUUUUAAUCCAUAAGUUGAUUUCGGUGUUGGAAUCAAUAGAAAAAUUACCCGUAUAUUUGUAUGACACACCCGGAUCAGGCUACGGUUUGCAGAUUUUGACGAGGAGAUUACGUUUUCGACUAGAAAAAGCUUCUAGCGAGAGCGCGUUAAUAGAUAGAUCUGGUCGCAGCUUAAAGAUGGAACCAUUAAGUACGAUACAACAAUUGGAGAACCAUUUGUUAAAAAUGGUGGCUAAGCAGUGGCAUGAUCACGAUAGGUCUACAUUUGCUUUCGUGAAAAGAUUAAAGGAAGAAAAUAGAAUAACGUUCAAAUAUCAACAUGACUUCGACGAAAAUGGUUUAUUAUAUUGGAUCGGGACAAAUGCUAAAACUUGUUCCGAAUGGGUAAACCCGGGGCAAUAUGGAUUGGUUGUCGUUACGUCGAGCGACGGACGAAAUCUUCCAUAUGGUCAUCUUGAGGAUAUACUCAGCCGUGAUCCAUCGGCAUUAAAUUGUCACACCAACGACGACAAACGGGCAUGGUUCUCGAUAGAUCUUGGAGUUUGGAUUAUUCCGAGCGCUUAUACCUUGAGACAUGCGAGGGGAUAUGGUAGAAGUGCAUUGAGGAAUUGGAUGUUUCAAGCGUCAAAGGAUGGAAUUACUUGGAUAACGUUAUACGCUCAUGUAGACGAUUGUUCUUUGAAUGAGCCGGGUAGUACAUCUACUUGGACAUUGGAGCCACCGAGUGAAGAAACGCAAGGCUGGCGACAUUUACGUCUACAGCAAAUUGGCAAGAAUGCUUCAGGACAGACGCAUUAUCUCUCUGUGUCUGGUUUUGAGGUUUAUGGGGAAGUUACUGGAGUGUGUGAAGAUUUAGGCCGUGCAGCUAAGGAAGCAGAAGCCGGUGUACGAAAACAAAGAAGAUUUAUCAAGAUGCAAGUUCUUAAACAUUUAGUUGCAGGAGUUCGAGUAGCUAGAGGUCUAGAUUGGAAGUGGAGAGAUCAGGAUGGCGUACCACCAGGUGAAGGCACAGUUACAGGAGAAUUACAUAACGGAUGGAUAGACGUAACAUGGGAUCAUGGUGGAUCGAAUUCGUAUAGAAUGGGUGCCGAAGGAAAGUACGAUCUCAGAUUGGUUGGCAUUGGUUUGGAUACAGACAACACGACAAAAUGUAAGAGUGGCGGAGGUGUUUUAACGGGUCGAAAAUCAAACAGCACUCCUAGUUUACCCGACUGUACCGAUACCGCCAUGCGUAGUUCGGUAGCUUCUACAGAUCAAGCUGCGAGUGCGGAUAAUCUAGCGGCAAAGCAAGCUGCCGAGUCGAUAGCCGAGAGUGUGUUGUCGGUAGCUCGUGCGGAAGCAGUGGUUGCCGUAACUGGUGAGAGCGGGGCAAACUCGACGAGCGAACUUUCAGUUGUAUUGCAUCCCAGACCAGAUACAACUGUUACUAGCGAUCUAGCUACUAUCGUCGAGAGUCUCACUCUCAAUACGGACUGUCCCGUUAAUAGCACCAGUAACCGAGCGUCAAGCUCGAAACCACUUUUCGCUACUGUACGAGGAAAUAAGGCUAGUGGAGGUUUAUUGAGUUUGGAAACCGCUGAAGUUUUGGAUCGUAUGAGAGAAGGUGCUGACAGAUUGCGCAACAAUACUAAUAGUUUUCUGAGUGGUGAGUUACUUGGUUUAGUUCCUGUUAGAAUCAGCGUUUCUGGCGAGUCGGAUGAAAACUUAAGGAUUAAAUCUGUACCGAGACAUCAUCCUGGGAUCGCGGAUGUUGCUAAAGACUGUACUCGAGAAAAAGAAGCUAGCUCGUCUACGCAAAAUACAACGGGCGGUUGUCCUGUUGUGGUUACCAAUCCUAUGUCGGUAUCUGUGCCUAAUCUCGCUUGUUCCGAUGCUAACAAUACCUUGGAAUCAACAGCUGCUACUGGUUUGUUGGAAACUUUUGCUGCAAUGGCGCGAAGACGAACAUUAGGACCUGCAGGUGGACAGCAUCUUGCUUCAAAUUCUAAUACGAAUUGUAAUCCAAUUCGAGGACCGAAUUCUGUAUCUAGUCUCGUACGAUUGGCACUCAGUCCCAAUUUUCCUGGUGGUUUACUUAGUACGGCGCAAAGUUAUCCAAGUCUAACAAGUAGCGGACAAGUAGCGGGUAGUGGCGUUACUACGACAACCGGACCUGGUUUAGGACAAGCGCUUACUAUGUCUCUAACUAGUACAAGUAGCGAUAGCGAGCAGGUCAGUCUUGAAGAUUUCUUGGAAUCCUGCGGAGGUGUAGCAACUUCUAGCACCGGUGGAGGUCGUACUACUGGUGGACCAACGCUUUUGACUGAAUUGGAAGAUGACGAAGACGGUGUCCUAGAAGAGGAAGAAGAUAAUGAAGAAAAUGAUCAAGAAGAAGAAGAUGAAGAGAAUGAAGAAGAAGGUGAUGGUUGUGAAGGUGAAUAUGAAGAAGUAAUGGUAAGUCGUAAUCUCUUGGCAGCAUUCAUGGAAGAAGAAGCACCACAGAGUAGCAAAAGACGUGCAUGGGAUGAUGAGUUUGUAUUGAAGCGUCAAUUUUCUGCUCUUAUCCCUGCUUUUGAUCCACGUCCUGGCCGAACUAACAUUAAUCAAACAACUGAUUUGGAAGUUCCCCCUCCUGGUAGCGAGACGCAAGUUAACAGUCGCAUAGGAUCAUUGCCUAUGCCUAGACUUUCUUUAUCAUUAAAAGGACCCGGAUUCCCGGGUAUACCGGAUGUCGAGAUAUCACUUUCUGAUUCGCAUGCUAGUAUUUUUCAAGCGGUCCAAGAAUUGAUGCAGUUAACUGAAUUAGGCAGCCGUCAAGAGAAAUUAAAAAGAAUAUGGGAACCAACCUACACAAUAAUAUAUAAAGAAGCCAGAGACGAGGAAUCAUCUGGCAGAGCAACGCCGAUCGUAACAUUAUAUUCUCGUAAUCCGACGCAAAACACAAACGCGUGCACUGUCGAAGAUGUUCUACAACUCUUGAGACACGUAUUUGUCUUGGGCACUAUUCGGGACGAAGGCUUAGCAGAGCAGAACGAGUCGAAUGAUACGACUUACUGGCUUCAUCCAGAUGACUUUACGUCUAAAAAAAUCACGAAUAAGAUCGUACAACAAAUUCAGGAUCCGUUGGCUUUGGCCGCUGGUGCACUGCCCAAUUGGUGUGAAGAGCUCGCACGAAGUUGUCCAUUUUUGCUGCCUUUUGAAACAAGACGACUUUAUUUCAGUUGUACCGCUUUUGGUGCUUCACGGUCUAUCGUAUGGUUACAAACGCAGCGAGAUGCGAUCCUUGAAAGACAAAGGGCACCUGGUCUAAGUCCACGGCGUGACGAUAGUCAUGAAUUUCGUGUCGGCAGGCUCAAGCACGAAAGAGUCAGUGUACCGAGGGGAGAAAAGCUAUUAGAUUGGGCGGAACAGGUGUUGAAGGUGCACGCAAGUCGCAAAAGUAUACUCGAGGUAGCAUUCGUAGGAGAAGAAGGCACUGGUCUUGGACCUACCUUAGAAUUCUUUGCACUAGUCGCAGCGGAACUGCAACGCAAAGACUUGAGUCUUUGGUUAUGCGAUGACACCGCCGAUGAUAAUGCCACUCGGAUCUUAAACGAAGAGCAAACAUGUAUUUCUGGAGAGAAAAUUCGGCCUGCGGGAUAUUAUGUAACGCGAGCCAGCGGCUUAUUCCCAGCCCCACUACCGCAAGAUUCUGCAUGCUGCGAUCGUGCUGUUCGUUAUUUCUGGUUUCUAGGAGUCUUCUUGGCAAAAGUUCUCCAGGAUAAUAGAUUAGUAGAUUUACCGUUAUCCCGUCCAUUCUUAAAAUUAAUGUGCCGUGGUGAUAUCUCGAACAAUGUCAAUGAAAAGAUCGGUCUUACUGGCGUUACACAGGAAAGUAUGUCAUCUAGUAUGUCGAGUAGCUUUAUAUCGGAAGAAGGGGAAAACGAUGCUGUGUAUUCUUCAUUAGAACCUUGUCCGUGGUACGUCGAUUUAUUAGAUAUAGAAGAUCUUGUCGAGGUGGAUCCUGUAAGAGGAGAAUUUCUAAGAGAAAUACAAAACGCGAUCACAAAGCGUGAUAGAACUUUUUCUGAUGGUCCAAGCUCUACUGACGAAGAAACAUUAUAUAUUACUCAUCCAUCAGGCACUUCAGUGGCUAUCGAGGAUUUAGCAUUAACCAUGACGUAUUCACCAAGUUCGAAAGUUUUUCAACAUGAUCAAGUGGAAUUGAUGGAAAGUGGCUUGGAUAUCACAGUGACAAGAGAAAACGUAAGAGAAUAUGCAAAUCUUACGAUCAAUUACUGCCUUAACCAAGGAAUUUAUAGACAACUCGAAGCGUUCAAAUCGGGCUUUUCAAAAGUCUUUCCAAUGGAAAAGCUCCAUGUCUUUAGUCCAGAUGAAAUGAGAGCGAUGCUUUGUGGAGAACAGAAUCCACAAUGGACAAGGGAAGAUUUGCUCAAUUACACCGAGCCAAAAUUAGGAUAUACAAAGGAAAGUCCUGGUUUCCAAAGAUUUGUCAACGUACUAUUAUCAUUAACGGGAUCUGAAAGAAAAGCAUUCUUACAAUUUGCCACUGGUUGUUCGGCUCUACCUCCAGGUGGUUUAUGUAAUUUACAUCCCAGAUUGACUGUCGUACGGAAAGUGGACGCUGGUUCUGGUGGUUAUCCUUCUGUUAAUACUUGUGUUCAUUACUUAAAAUUACCAGAAUAUCCUACUGAAGAAAUCCUGAGAGAAAGGCUGUUGGCUGCUACUCGAGAAAGAGGGUUUCACUUGAAUUGAAUUUAUUCUCUUAUCUCAAGAUUCAAGUUAGUCAUAAAUUAUGCGGGAAAAAAAUUAUACUUAACAGAGAUAGGUGUGUGCGUGCGUGUGCGUGCGUGCAUGCGCGC